UCGACUGGUCCAAGGAAAAAUGACGCAAUGUUUUGUGAUCUGAUGAAUUAAAAAUAGUGUUGUUUGGAUCAAAACACCGUUAUUAGUACGUAAGACAUCCAUUUGCCACAGAAUUUCAACCACGGAAUACGCUCCAACAAGAUGUUAAACUGAAAAUGUAGCAAUGCUGUUCGUCGGCUGGCAUAGGAAAGCAAGGCAGUUGGCGCCCAGCUCAGGUUUCACUUGUAAUCGUAUUUAAUAACUUUAAAAACUCAUAGUUAAUCAUAGAAUAAAAAAAAUAGAAACAUGAUCAACACUUAGGACAUCGAAACAAUGUACCAGAACUACGUUACAUUAAAAGUUUGGAUUGUGUUGAAGUGACACAACCACACAUGAAUAAGAAAACAUAAUAAGAACGACAUAGUCAUUACAUUGACACAGAGGUCUUCAGACCUAAAUCUAACAAGGGAUGAAGGUUGACAAAGCCGUGUGCACGAAUGGUACCCUGGAGGAUCUGGGCCGGGCAAUCCAAUUUGAAGCGGUAUUUUCAACACUAGUUGAAAAUAAAAUUUUGUCAAUAAAACGGGAAUCUGAUCUUAAAAAGCGCCAUAAAAAGUCACGGCUGUUACGAAGGGUUCUAUUUGGAGGUAAAGUUAUUGGACCUGGUUGUUGUCGCCAUGUGAUAGCCGCAAAUACAAGUAACAGCAGCAGCAUAGCUUGCGAACGAAUAGACAGCAUCGAGGCGCGAAAUGUUUCCAGAUCUAACCCAAACAAGCCUAUAGGAGUAAUUUUGCAAAAUGCUACCACUACCCACACUAAAACAGAAGAUACAAAUCACACGGUCGCAUUUGUCGUGGAUGGAUUUUCCUCAUGUAAUGGCGAUGAAGAGGUGAUGCUUGAAGCCGGCGACCUUUCAUCAUUAUCGGAUUAUGACGACAAAGCGGUUGUGACAUCAAAUAUAGAAUCAUCUCAUGAGCUCAUGGACAGUGUUCCGAAUUGCGACCAUUUUUCAUUUGAAACAGUCACUGAUGGUUCAAAAAUUUGUCAUAGUCGAACAAAGUAUAUGAAUUGCCCCCAGACAAACCAGAUCUAUUCAUUGGAACUGGGAGAUAGAUCGAAUAAUACAGAUUGGCUGCAAUGUAAAAAGGAUCCAGCAGCAUUGACACGCAAAUCAUCAGUAUUUGAUCGUACAUCGAACGAAGCUGAAUCUGAACGCUUCGUUCUUGAUGAUAGCACUUCGAACGUGUCAAUAGAACUAGAUGCAGUAAGUGAAGUAUCAGAUAUACGACGAAGUAUUGCAUCGGAACCGAUAUCGAUUAUUAAGAGUUCCGUUCACACACGUGUUGCUGCGCAACAGUCUGGAAGGAAUUCGUUCCUUUCAGCAGGAAAUGCGGCCAACCGAAUACGAAUCCUCGAAGCAAAAUCAAUCAGUGCUCAAAACAGUCCGGUACUGCCACGUCAAAAAUCAACCAUGGAAGGUAGGCAUCUAACAUUUAGUACUGCCACCUAUCAGAAACAUUUGACAAGAGCGAGUGCAGGCGACUGUGAUAAUUCUAUCAUAGUUGAUCUUAGUCUAUACGAUAAGGAUCAGCAACAGCAACAACUAAACUCCACUGUGAUAGUCAUGAAUAAGUCAGCAUCUAAGACUGGCGACGGUAGACUUAGUACCGGUAGCAAUGUUAGCAAGAAGUCAUCCCUGCUACUAGACGAAAAGAGCAGAAGUAGAAAAAUCAGAUUGACCCCAGCCCUUUGCAAGGGCCCCAGCAGUACUAGUGCACAAACCGGCAAUAUGACAGCACCACUAUUAGGAGAUUCUUUGCCAACUUUAGAACCUACUGAAAGCUUUAACCAACUGACCGCAGCCAACUUACCUGUGAUAGCAACACGUAUCGAUCUUCAUCAGUCAUCGCCGGUUAGUGAUAUGGUUAAGCUACAACAGUAUCGACGCGCCUCGAUUUGUAAAAAAUCAAGUAAUUCAGUUUGUGAAUCGAAUCAGACACACACUCGAGUGGGCUCACUAACAAACUUACGUACUAUAGCCAAUCUUGCAAGUCCUGCCAUUCAAGUUGAGGACAAUAAGGUGUUAGGAAGCAGACAACUGAUCGCUGCACUUAAUUGUCCACAUGAAGAUCAACAUCAUAUUUGCCAUCUUAAACACCCCAGAUUAUUAAAACAUUCAAGCUGUGAUGUCGAGCUGCAUCAUAAACCUUCAGAAAUUAUGCGCGCAGUAGCUCCUAUCGGGUUUCCCGCUGUACAAUGCAGUCGUCAAUCCAGUACAAAAGAAUUUCACCAUCCUAAAGGAAGCGAAACGAUCGCAACCAACAGUUAUGGCUACAACGAUGACUGUUCUUCCUAUAUUAUGGGCUACGACAUCAACGAGAGUGACGAAGAGAAACUAAAUAAAAGAAAGUAUAAAUACUUAAAACGUUGUUCAGAUCCGGUUAUUGCCUUCCCAACUACCAGCAGCGGUAUGGGACCCACAAACAGUGGCUUGCAUCAUUGCAUACUUACUCGUUCGCCAAAUCAACCACCCAGGCAGGUCCCAUAUGAUGAUGAUUUCAUUUACGAUGUAUCACUGCAAAUCGAAUCCGACUACCGUGGAGGAGAGCUAAAUUCCAUCGUGCACGAGCAGAAGAAAACAUAUAAACAUAGGCACCAUCAUCGACACUGUAAAAAAAAAAAAUACAAACGACGGAAAAUUCUUGUUCACGACUUGGACGACCAAAGUGUUAAGGUAAUUGAUCCAGACGAUCUACCACAACGUGCCCGUUGGACGAUCAUAGCGACUGCAUGUUUACUACUGAUAAUGUGCCUAUUGUUAGUGGGUAUAACUCUGCGAAUGGCUCCUAUUAUUGAUGAUAUGGUCCGUCAAGAAAAUGAACGGCUAAUGCGGGAAUCUCUCGAUAGAGCAAAGAUGAUCAAAAACUACACCGAAUACAAUCGUAUCAUUGGUGGCGAUGACAUUCCUUAACGAUUCAUACUAUUCAAAGCCCAUCAAGCAUACUUAUUGAUAUGCGACAAUUGGUUUUGUUAUUACUGGAUGCAAUGAUGUUUCGAAGCGUGGACUCUCAUCGGUCGUGAUUCAACAGACAUAUUUGAAGAUCCUAGACAACAACGUGGAGCCGAAAAUAUGUAAAAAAAUAUGAACUAUUACAGUUUUAUUGUCUCUGAAAUAUAGUAAAGGUAUUCUCCAUUAUCGCUAUCGUUAUACCAUCAACUGAUUUUUUUUAAUUAUGAUUUAUCAACCAACCAAUAAGUUAUCAAUUUCUGCUCAUUUGCAGGAUUAUUCUUUGGAAAGAUCUUUGUUUGUUUGAUCUAUUGUUUCCAGUUGUUUCCAGUUGAUCAAUGUUGUUUUCAAAAACCAUUAUUAGUAUAAAUGAUCAUGCUUUCAGUAUCAAUCAAUACAAGGUCAGGGUUUAAAUAUGUCCAAAAACAUAGAGGACACUGAUAAAAUAUGAUCAAAAAGAUUUUUUGCGAUAGCCUUCACUUACAAAACAUUAGAUGUAAGUCAAACACUUUUGUUGAAAAACAUAAUUGUUGAUAGGAUAUUAGAGAACUUAGGUAAGUUGCUUGAUAAUAAACGAAUUAGGUACAUGUACGAAUCCGGUGUUAUCAAAAUGGUAUCAAUAAGUUUAUCAGACUCUAUAACCGGCGGUGAACAUUAUUACCAUUACCAUAGGCAUAUUUUUUAUUUUUUGGAUGAUAGUUGUAUCCAUUCUAUUGUUCUUAUAGUGAUGAUAUUUUAGUACACCUAAAACAACACUUCAGAUUAAUUUUAAGCAGUUUUUUUCGUGGCAUAUUAAAUAUUUAGGGAAGAAAACCAAAGAAAAAAUAGUUUACAAUUCAAAAACAUAAUUAAUGUAUUUCUCUAAAAUAAAAAUAAGGUCGAAGUCUUUCACUAAAUCGUUUUAAAACCGUUAUAAAGAGCCAAUUCUAAUUUAUAUUCAUUUAUUCAUUUGGAUUCAGCUGGAAUUGAAUGUUCUAGGAAGUAUCUGAAAUUCACACACAUGGUAUCCAAAAACGAUCACAUGGUAUCCAAAAAAAUGUUGAUACAAACGGUGCUAAGAUUAAUUCUUUAUAUUACUAUUGCUUAAUUUUGGAUACCGCAAGUCUAUUUCAUCUAUUCAGCUUCUCUUUAUUAGGAACCAAACGCUUAACUUACCUCAAUCCCCUCUUAAUCAUCUGUACCAAUGAAGUAACAACAGUUGGUAUUGUAAUUUUUUUAAAGCAUAUUUAAGAACAAACAGUCUGCAUGUUUACAUUAGCAUUAUGCUAACUAAACAAUAAUCUUAAUUUAUUCGGCCAGAAAAUGCUAGCAUUCACACAUGAGCAGAUGAAUAUCGUAAAAUGUAAAGACGACCUAUCUUUAGUACUUAACUUAACCACUUCUCCAAAAUUCAAUUGGGAACGUGGUUCUUCUUAAAAGAUUUGACAUGUUUUUUCAUGUCGUAUUUGACAUUUUCCUGGCUAUUUACAACUUUACUUUGCUGUUUCUAAAUCUAAAACAUUGUCAUAUGAAUUAGCACUCAGUAAUAUUUAGUUCCAACACAGAAAACAUAUUUUUUUUUCUUAAAAAACGUAAACAACAUAACCGCAUUUGUAAGUCAAAUUUAGCCAAAUUGAAUGCAAAUUAACUAUAUUUGAUAUGCCUUUUAGGAAGAACAUGAAACGUAUAAAUCAGUGCGAUCAGUGUGCUUCCUAUUGCUAAUCAUUACAAAAAUUCAACAAAGUCCGACUGAAAUGGGUUUCAGAUGGAACUCAAACCAUUCACAAUUGAAACAAUAAAUUAAUAUAAAUAGGGACAUACAUGGAUAUGUCGAUUGCUCACGGUUAUGGCUGACAUUCAGAUAAGUUAUUGAGCAAUACAGAUUGAGUUUAUAGAGGUAUUCAUAUUUUUUUAACAUAUAUAAGGACUAUUACAUGUAGAUAACAUAUAGAAGGAUAUUAAAAGUUGUUAUAAAACGAUAACCAAACAUUACGAAGAUAUUAAUUUUGCACAAAAUGUUUUUUGUUUCAAAUAUCGUAUCAUUAACUAUUUGUUACAUCAAAUAUUUGUUAUAUCAUAUCAUAUCAAAUAUUUAUUUCGUUCACAAUUUUAGCGCCUAGCAAAAUGACACAUGAACUAUUGCAAUCAAUCCUAUUAUUGAUUGUUUUAUCGACUUAGAUUCAUUGGAUUAAUUAGAUUCACUAAACAAUGGAUACACAUGAUAAAGAACGGAAUAAGCAAUGAAGCUAUAGUUUAAAUCGCGUUGAGACCGCAGAUGGUUUAAAUUUACAUCGAUGUUUCAUAAAGACUUAAAGACCGGUUAUAAGAUUCGUCUCAUGGGUUUUUUUAUAAACUCUCUAUAUCAACACUAUGAUAUCGAAAACAAAUUAAAAAUCAUUGUAAACUACACUACAUCAUACAAUGAAUGACUUUUUUAAAUGAACCAUCGGAAUCGGCUAACGCAUUAAACAAAAAAGACGAGACGAUCACUUUAAACGAUUAUACAGAAAAUAGAGCAACAUUAUGACAACUCAAUGAAAUAGUUAUAAUACAGUUUAUUUUUCUAUAAGUUUUACUAACUAACAGUCCUCUAAAAAUUAUUCUAUGCUGGUAUAGCAUAGAAUCGAUUAACAAAGUAAAGUCAGAAACAGUCAUGCAGGCGGACGUGAGGCUCGAAAACAGGUUUAAUGAUUAGAUAAAUGUCUAGUAGAAAACUAUCCGUUGCGAUAAGCAUAAAAAUGAAUGAGAAUGAGCCACCCUAUUAGAAUUUUGAAACACAGUAAUAUUCAUGAUAAGAUUGCAUGUCGCCAAGUAUUAUACAUCAGCUAUUGUUUGACUGCUAUUGAAAUAAACUGUGCCCUGAUAGUUCAUAAAUGUCAAUGAACAUUUUCAAAAAGUGUAUCAUAUACUGAUACAGCAAAAACUAUAAUUUCUAAGUAAGGUCUAUUGUUUGGAUUCAUUGUAAGGGGAGUUUGAUUUAGAUUCUAUAUGAAUUAUUUUCAUAAUAUUUAUUGUAGCAUUUGAAAUGAUUUGAUAUGUUUUUUUUACUUAGCAUGUUACAAAUAAAACAGUGUCGCCGAAAAGCACGAAUGAAAAACAUGUUGUUUGCUGAUUGUGUUUCUAAGCUAAAGCAUAGUUUCAUAGCAAAAUAAGGAUUGAAUUAUUCAAUUAUUCUCAUCAAUAGCUCUACGAAACAGUAAAAGAAUUGUGUAACAAAACCAAAUCUGGAAAACUUAUUUAGACUGGGAUAUCAAAUCAAAUAGAAGGUCGACGAAUCAACAUAAUUGGUUGAUUGAAAAAAAUAAUCCGAUUUGAGGAUACAGCAGUGAAACAACACUAUUUCCAAAUAAUAUAGUAGCCAUAUUAACAGAUUCAUCUUCAUCUAUAAAAUCAAAGAGAUUCCUAGCACAGCACCUGAAGAUGCUAGAAAGUAGCAAGAAAAAUCAAUUUGUUAUCCGAAAUAUCGAAAAGAAUAGAGAACCCUACCAGUGGAAUGAACACGGUCGUGAUUUAUUGAUUUUAGACGCUCGCAUCAAAAUUAUGAAAACAAACUGAAAAACUUGGAAAUGUUUAGCAACUAAAGUGGCAAAUGCUCAAAAUAAAAAAAAACACAUAAGAUGAUUGUGAGGAGUUGAUUAAGAAAUACGAAAAACAUAUAAAGCCAUGUACACUCAAUUAACAUGUUUUGUAUAAAACUAUAAACGAAAAAAGAAACAAAUGUUUUUAUGGUUAAAUAUAAAGUAUUCCAAAUUGUUAUUCAGCUUCUUA